UUGGAAAGUGUUCAGUGAUACUGGAAUAUUUUGGUAACAGUCGCUAACAGUGAAUCGUCCAUUAAGCGAAUUUGCCCAUUAUAGCAAUUAACGUUGCCGUGAUGCCCAGUGAUUUGUCUGCUAGCAAUCCCCUGCUAUGCUGCAAUGCUCAACUAACGACUAUCUAACACAUAUUCUAAACAUUUUCAUUUUUCUCAUUGUUAUAGGCUCUCAAGAACGUAUCGAAUAUAGCCGCAAUUCCUUUGAGUGAUGAGUUAAAGGAAGUGGGUGCAUGGGACAACGUCGUGAGCGGAGCUGCAAUGAGUACUUCCAACGUCAACAACAACAACAAUAACAACAAUGUGAACAAACCGACACCGAAGAGGCCUGUGAGAAGAGGCGGAAAACCCCCGCCGGAUAGACCACAGAGGGCCCUCUUCUGUCUUACCCUAAAGAACCCCCUCCGAAAACUGUGUAUAGACAUUGUCGAAUGGAAACCAUUUGAGUACCUGAUUCUUCUUACAAUUUUUGCGAAUUGUGUGGCUCUAGCUGUAUACACGCCUUACCCCAAUGCUGAUUCAAACAGCACAAAUGCCUACUUGGAAAAAAUAGAAUACAUAUUUUUAGUUAUUUUUACCGUAGAAUGUAUUAUGAAAAUCAUUGCCUAUGGUUUUGUGGCGCAUUCAGGAGCUUAUUUACGAAACGGAUGGAAUUUAUUAGAUUUUACAAUUGUAGUUAUAGGUAUGAUAAGUACAGCUUUAUCCAAUUUAAUGAAAGAAGGGUUCGAUGUAAAGGCGUUACGAGCCUUUCGUGUUUUAAGGCCGCUAAGGCUGGUAUCUGGGGUGCCAAGUUUACAAGUUGUUUUGAAUUCAAUUCUUCGUGCCAUGGUGCCUUUAUUGCAUAUUGCACUGCUAGUACUUUUUGUAAUUAUAAUAUAUGCGAUCAUAGGUUUGGAACUUUUUUCUGGAACAUUGCAUAAAACCUGUUUUAAAAAUGGAACAGAUGAGACAAUGGAUGAUCCACAUCCUUGUAGUUCUAUUGAAGGUGCUGGUUAUCAGUGUAAUGAAGUUUCGAGUGAAUAUGUUUGCCUCGAUGGGUGGGAAGGACCAAAUUUUGGUAUAACCAAUUUUGAUAACUUUGGAUUAGCUAUGCUGACAGUUUUCCAAUGUAUUACUCUUGAAGGAUGGACUGAAGUUUUAUAUAAUAUAGAAGAUUCUUUGGGGAAUACUUGGCAAUGGAUGUACUUUAUAUCUAUGGUAAUUCUUGGAGCUUUCUUCGUAAUGAACCUAAUUCUUGGUGUCCUUAGCGGAGAGUUCUCAAAAGAAAGAGAAAAGGCAAAAGCAAGAGGAGAUUUUCACAAAUUGCGAGAAAAACAACAACUAGAAGAAGAUUUAAGAGGCUAUUUAGACUGGAUAACCCAAGCAGAAGAUAUUGAACCUGAAGGGGAAGAUAGGAAACGUAACGCUGAUUCAAAAAAUAAAAGCAAUCCAGAGACAGAGUCAGCCGAUAGAUUAGAGGGAGAUGAAGGUGAAAAACAAGAUUCAUGGUUUGUUAAGAAAAAGAAAGAUUUCGACAGGGUAAAUAGAAGAAUGAGAAGAGCUUGUAGAAAAUCGGUCAAAUCUCAAGCAUUUUAUUGGCUUAUUAUAGUGUUGGUAUUUUUAAAUACUGGAGUACUAGCAACAGAACAUUAUAACCAGCCGGCAUGGUUAGACCAAUUCCAAGAAAUAACUAAUAUAUUUUUUGUUGCUCUAUUUACAAUGGAAAUGUUAUUGAAAAUGUACAGUUUAGGAUUUCAGGGUUAUUUUGUAUCUUUAUUCAAUCGGUUUGAUUGUUUUGUCGUAAUUGGAAGCAUAGGAGAAAUGGUGCUCACAAGAACAGAUGUGAUGCCCCCUCUAGGAGUGUCUGUGCUUAGAUGUGUCAGGCUACUGAGGGUUUUUAAAGUUACCAAGUAUUGGAGGUCACUCUCAAAUUUAGUCGCCUCUCUACUCAAUUCAAUUCAGUCUAUAGCCUCACUGCUGCUUCUACUUUUCCUGUUUAUUGUGAUAUUUGCUCUACUAGGAAUGCAAGUUUUUGGAGGCCGGUUUAACUUUGAUAAAUCAAAAGAGAAACCAAGGCACAAUUUUGACAGUUUUUGGCAAAGCCUUUUGACUGUAUUUCAGAUAUUAACUGGUGAAGACUGGAAUGUUGUGAUGUACGAUGGAAUACGAGCUUAUGGUGGUGUUUCAUCAAUAGGCAUAUUAGCAUGCAUUUAUUUCAUAAUAUUGUUUAUCUGUGGUAAUUAUAUUUUAUUAAAUGUUUUCUUGGCUAUUGCCGUUGACAAUUUAGCUGAUGCAGAAUCAUUAACUGCAAUAGAGAAAGAAGAAGAUGAAGAGGCUGAAAAACAAGAAAUGUCUAAAAGUGCUUCCCCCGCUAGAGAUGAGUGGGGAGAGGAAGAGGAAAGAGAAAGACAUAGCGGCGAGGAAGAAUUAGAAGGCCAAGAAGAAUUUCAAGAAAGAAUUGAAGAAGGUUCAGUUAAAGAAGAGGGUAGCGCCAAAGUUCGAGUAGAAGAAGAGGAAGAGGAAGAAGAAUAUCAUUAUGAUGAAGAAAAUGAUCAGCAUGAUAUGGAGGAAUUAGAAGAAGGUGUUACCGCUAGACCAAGAAGGCUCUCUGAGUACAAUAUGGCAACCAAACAACAGCCUAUUCCAGCUGCAUCCUCUUUCUUCUUAUUUUCUAGAACCAACAGAUUCCGGGUAUUCUGUCAUUGGUUCUGCAACCACAGCUACUUUGGAAAUGUCAUAUUGGUUUGUAUUAUGGUUUCUUCUGCUCUACUAGCAGCUGAAGACCCACUAAGAGCUGAUUCCCCAAGAAACAAAGUAUUGGUGUACUUUGACUAUUUCUUCACAAGUGUCUUUACCAUAGAAAUAUGUUUGAAAAUGAUUUCUUAUGGUGCUUUUUUACAUGACGGUGCGUUUUGUCGAUCAGCCUUUAAUUUACUUGACUUACUCGUUGUUUGUGUAUCUCUUGUCUCAAUGUUUUUCAGUUCAGGAGCGAUUUCUGUUGUAAAGAUUUUAAGAGUGCUCAGAGUGUUGCGCCCACUGCGUGCAAUUAAUCGAGCUAAAGGAUUGAAACAUGUAGUGCAGUGUGUGAUAGUCGCAGUAAAAACUAUUGGGAACAUUGUGCUGGUAACGUGCCUUCUCCAGUUCAUGUUUGCCGUAAUAGGAGUUCAAUUGUUCAAGGGUAAAUUCCAUCAAUGUAACGAUGGUUCAAAAAUGACAGAAUUAGAAUGCAGAGGUUCAUACAUUGAAUAUGAAGGAGGAGAUAUCAACAGGCCUACAAUAUUGGAAAGAGAAUGGAUGCAAAACAGAUUCCAUUUCGACAAUGUUGCUGAAGCUAUGCUGACCCUAUUUACUGUGUCUACCUUCGAAGGCUGGCCUGGGUUACUUUAUGUCUCGAUUGAUUCCAAUGAAGAAGACGUUGGCCCCAUACAUAACUUCAGGCCAAUUGUCGCUGCAUAUUAUAUAAUAUACAUUAUUAUAAUAGCAUUUUUCAUGGUAAAUAUAUUCGUUGGUUUUGUUAUUGUUACAUUCCAAAACGAAGGUGAGCAAGAAUACAAGAAUUGCGAACUCGAUAAAAAUCAGCGUAAUUGUAUUGAGUUUGCAUUGAAAGCCAAACCAGUCAGACGGUAUAUACCGAAACAAAGAUUCCAAUAUAAAGUUUGGUGGUUUGUGACUUCACAACCCUUUGAGUAUACUAUAUUCACCUUAAUUAUGAUAAAUACGAUUACUCUAGCAAUGAAGUUUUAUAAACAACCCGAUUUUUACACUAAUAUUCUUGAUGUUCUGAAUAUCGUAUUUAGCGUUGUAUUUGCAUUAGAGUUUGUAUUUAAACUUGCUGCAUUUAGGUUUAAGAACUAUUUUGGUGAUGCCUGGAACGUUUUUGACUUCAUUAUAGUUUUAGGAAGUUUUAUAGAUAUUAUUUACUCAGAACUUAAUCCAGGGUCUAGUCUUAUAUCAAUUAAUUUUUUCCGCCUCUUUCGUGUCAUGAGGCUUGUCAAAUUGCUCAGUAGAGGAGAGGGCAUAAGAACAUUACUCUGGACAUUUAUUAAGUCAUUCCAAGCCCUUCCCUAUGUCGCAUUACUAAUUGUAAUGCUGUUUUUCAUUUAUGCUGUGAUUGGGAUGCAGGUGUUUGGGAAAAUCGCGUUGGAUGAUGAUACAUCUAUAAAUAGGAAUAACAAUUUCCAAACAUUUCCUCAGGCUGUACUCGUUUUAUUUCGUUCAGCCACAGGUGAGGCUUGGCAAGAUAUCAUGCUUGAUUCAUCAGCUUGGCCUGAUAAAGUAAAAUGUGAUCCAAUGUCAGACGAUGUAAAUAGCCCUACAUGUGGAUCUGAUAUAGCAUUUCCAUAUUUUAUAUCAUUUUACGUGCUCUGUUCCUUUUUGAUUAUCAACUUAUUUGUAGCUGUAAUCAUGGACAAUUUUGAUUAUCUCACACGAGAUUGGUCCAUUCUUGGGCCUCAUCAUCUUGAUGAAUUUAUCCGAUUGUGGAGUGAAUACGAUCCAGAUGCAAAAGGUCGUAUUAAACAUUUAGACGUAGUUACAUUACUGCGUAAAAUAUCACCUCCUUUAGGUUUUGGAAAACUUUGUCCUCAUAGGGUAGCAUGUAAGCGCUUAGUGUCGAUGAAUAUGCCACUGAAUAGUGAUGGUACGGUUUUAUUCAACGCCACUCUAUUUGCUGUGGUACGAACAUCUCUUAGGAUAAAAACAGAGGGAAACAUUGAUGACGCUAAUGCAGAAUUACGUGCUGUAAUAAAGAAAAUUUGGAAAAGGACUAGUCCUAAAUUGUUGGACCAAGUUGUUCCUCCUCCUGGUGUUGAUGAUGAGGUGACAGUCGGCAAAUUCUACGCCACAUUCCUCAUUCAGGAUUACUUCCGAAGGUUUAAAAAGAGGAAAGAACAAGAACUUAAAGAUGGUGACAAAGAAUCUCAUAACACAGUUACCCUACAGGCAGGGCUCAGGACUCUUCAUGAUGCUGGUCCUGAAUUGAAGCGUGCCAUUUCUGGAAAUCUUGAAGAACUUCUCGAUGACAAUCCAGAACCAAUGCACAGGAGAAAUCAUUCUCUGUUUGGAAGUGUCUGGUCUUCGAUGAGGAGAGGACAUGGAGGUUUUAACAGAGCAAAAUCACUAAAGCUAAACUCGUCUAACAUUAAGAUGAGUCAUCUGGACUUACCAGGAAGAAAUCUUAGAAAGGUUUCGCCAACCAACUCUAUAGAUUAUCUACCGUUCAGUUCGUUGCAAAAGACGGUCACUGAUGGGAUGAACCAUAUUACAAAUCUUACCAGGAAUACGUUGAUACCUCAACUGUCAGGAAUGCAAGAGUCUCAUUAUGACGAUGGCAUCCCAUUACGCUCUUUACCAGGUGGAAAUUUAGAACCAGAUAGAACGUACAGACCGUUUCAAGCCAUGGAGGAAAUAAAGGAACUUAAAGAAGGCAAAGACACAACGUUGUCUAUAAGAGUUGAAGAAAGUCGGGUUGAGACAAGUCCACUGCACAGUGCACGCGUCCGCCUCGUAACCGGUAGUACGGGAUCUCCUGUUAACUUCCCCAGAAUUGCAAGUGGCUUGAAACUUGCUCAGACGCAAGCAAUGGCUGUUGCAGUUGCUGGUUUCUACCCCCAACCGAAACGAUCCCCAUUGUUGCACAGGGCAUCGUUUCACGGACGAGGUAAUAAGGGAGCAGAAUCAAAUGGAAGUAUAGCAGGUGAAAGACUUUCUCACUCUUUACCAGGAAGCCCUGCAGACAGAAGACCUAAUUUCCCAGAAGUCGUAGGCUCUGCUGAGAGCCUAGUUGGGAGGGUGCUGGUUGAGCAAGGGUUAGGAAAAUUCUGCGAUCCAGAGUUUGUGCGUUGUACAUCGAGAGAAAUGCAAGAAGCAUUGGAUAUGACGCAGGAAGAAAUGGAUCGAGCCGCUCACCGUAUAUUGUUGCAAGAGAGACAAGGCCGACCGUUGUCGUUUCAAAAUCCUGAAAACGUUUCGAGGCCGUGUCCUCAGUUAUAGCAAAUUGCCCAAUUCUUAAAAUCUAAGUGCCUAAAGUAUUUUUGGUCCAAUAAUUAUGACUUUAGGAUUCCAUCUUUAUGACUAUAUAUUUUUUAAACAAACUUCAUCGCACUGAUAAAUUAUGUAUUAUUUGGUGGAUUGUUGUUAAUAAUAAUUAUAUAUAAUAAUAACUAUGAUUAAUUUGUUUAUAUAUAUGAACAAAGUAAUAUGCAAAUUUCUUACAGUCCUUCCUUCUCUUUUGCCUUUCAAACA